UCCCGGAACGGCGCGGCGGGAGGCGCUGACACGUGGCCGCGCCGGGGGGGCGGGGGGGAGCCGGGGCGAUGUGAGCCGGCGGGGCCGGGAGGCGCUGCGCGCAUGGCCGCGGGCGGCGGCAGGAAGGUGCCGCCGUGCAGCGCCGAGCACGGCCCGCGCCCCGCGCAGCCCCCGGGCGUGCGGAGGGACGGCGGCGCCGAGCCCUACUGGUCCAGGCCCGAGUCCCGCGUGUGGACGGUGAUGCUGCUGCUGGGGACGUGCCUGCUGUACUGCGCCCGCGUCGCCGUGCCCAUCUGCGCCGUCGCCCUCAGCAGCCGCUUCGACUGGGACAAGAAGCAGUCCGGCGUCGUGCUGAGCAGCUUCUUCUGGGGUUACUGCCUGACGCAGGUUAUCGGCGGACACAUCAGCGACCGAAUAGGAGGCGAAAAAGUCCUUCUCCUCUCGGCGUCAGCCUGGGGCUUCCUCACGGUCAUCACCCCGCUGCUCACCCACGUCAGCUCUGCCCACCUGGUCUUCAUGACCUGCUCCAGGUUCCUCAUGGGGCUGCUGCAAGGGGUGUAUUUCCCCGCGCUGGCCAGCCUCCUUUCGCAGAAGGUGCGGGAGAGCGAGCGCGCCUUCACGUACAGCACGGUGGGGACCGGCUCGCAGUUCGGCACGCUUGUGAUCGGCGGCGUGGGGUCUCUCCUCCUCGACUGGUACGGCUGGGAAAGCGUUUUCUACUUCUCCGGCUUGCUCACCUUGCUCUGGGUUUACUGCACGUGCAAGUACCUCCUGAACGAGAAAGAGCUCAUCAUCCCCUUGGAUUAUCUAACGAGAGGCCUCUCCGUAUCCAAGCAGACCAAAGUGCCCUGGAAGCAGCUGUUCAGAAAGGCGCCGAUCUGGGCUGUCAUCAUCGCUCAGCUUUCCACGGCCAGCACGUUUUUCACCCUCCUCUCCUGGCUGCCGACUUUCUUCAAGGAAACUUUUCCCGAGUCGAAGGGCUGGGUGUUCAAUGUAGUCCCGUGGCUGGUUGCAAUUCCAACGAGCUUAUUCAGUGGAUUUCUGUCUGAUCAUUUAAUCAACCAGGGGUAUAAAACCAUCACCAUUCGUAAGUUCAUGCAGGUCAUCGGCUCAGGUGUUUCGAGCAUUUUUGCUUUGUGCCUGGGUCAGACAUCCAGUUUUUGCAAAGCUAUAGUGUUUGCCUCGGCCUCUGUUGGACUUCAGACCUUUAACCACAGUGGUAUCUCAGUAAAUGUACAAGAUCUGGCCCCCUCGUGCGCUGGCUUGCUCUUCGGCGUUGGAAAUACCGGUGGAGCCCUGCUCGGUGUCGUUUGCGUGUACCUGGCUGGCUACCUGAUCGAAACUACCGGCUCUUGGGCUUCCGUUUUCAACCUGGUGGCAGUUGUCAACAGCGUCGGCCUCUGCACGUUCCUGAUCUUCGGAGAAGCCCAGAGGGUGGACACGGACUCCGCUUAUAUAGACUUGUAGAGACGAGCUCAGCAAGCCAAUGAAGGAUAGCAGGGUGUCACGUCUAUGUGUCGUUGUCGCACAAGUGCCAAAGAACAUAUUUUCUUUUUGUAGAUGUUUAACAGGGGAAAAAAAAGUGCCAAGACCCUAUACUUAACGGGUCUGAUGAAACCCACAGGAGAAAAGAAAUCUAGCGUUCGCUUUUUGCUCAGGGGAUGGCUGAUGGCCUGGAGAGCCGACCAGCUCAACAUCACCAGUGAGAAUUGGGGCCAUGUGGCUGGUUUGCCCCAGUCCAUUUCUAGUGGGCGAGUAUCCACGUGGCCAGAACAGCUUAUCCCGCUUGACUCUGAGCGAUGCCGCGAUCUGCACCCUCGCCGUGGACCACCGACCGCUCCUUGAGGGAGAGCUGCUUUCCCUGCCGGGAGCUGCUUCCUCUGUGCUCUGCUGUCCUGAGACCACGCAGAGGAUCGCCAGCUCUUGGGCUGCCGGUCCACACAUUUCGUCUGAACUAAAUGCGAGGAAUAGUCCAAAAGAACGUACCUCUGCCCUAAACUGUCCCUGUGUGCCUUCCUUUUGCAGUGUGCUCGACGGGUACAAUCGGGUGUAGAAGAGAAUGGGUCGUGUGACGAAUUCAAGGCUUCCCUUCAGGGGAAGCGUAGAUUUCUGGCUGGACGUCUACUGUGGACCCUGGGCGUGAGGUUGCAUCUAUACUGCCUUCACCGUGCUUGAGCCGAGACUGGAGUUUGCAGGCCAGACUGCUGGAUCCAGUUGGGUCCAUCCUCGCUCAGGGGUUGUGCCCGAGGGCUCCUCUUCGCCAGCAGCUGGAGAGCAGACCCAAACCGAGGUAGACAACCUCAGAGCUGAGAGCAGAGGACCACCCAGAGCCUGGGCUCGCUCACCCAAUGGUGACGUUUGCCAUUAUAUAUACACCUGGCAGUAUAGACGUAGCCAAGGAAUCCUCCGGGAGUUGUUUUGCUGAAUGCCGUGAAUGUAUAUGAAGGUCAUGUUCUGUACUAUGGAUCUAUAAUCCCCAAAGCUUUCUGCUUUAAGUGUCCUCCAUGUGCCUUCAACGGGGCGCAGGAGACGUUCCAAAGAGCCUGCAACGGGCAUGUUUUCUUCCUGUAUUACAUGUAAAGCUAAUUUCUGCAUUGUGGAUCCAUAGUACCGGAUGUGGAUCCGUGCUCUUCCCCGUAUCAGAGGGAAAUAUUUGGCUGUAUAUGCCUCUGAGCCUGAAUGUCUUAAGUUAUUUAUAAAUAUCUUUAAAUUUAAAGUACCAAAUUCUAUAGUCUAUUUUCUGUACUUGAGGCCUGAUUCUGCAUGCAUAUUUCAUGGAGGACUCCCACCGAAACCCACAGCAUUUCUAGAGGAGAAGGUUUUGUCAGCCUACACUCUUUGGUUUUGUGGGAUCUAUUUUAAAUGUGACAUUUCGUAUUAAAUUUGCUGCUUUUCCUCCCACGCCUUGCUUGCAGCCGGAAAGAAUCUCUUUGCUUCUCUUGCACUUACUGCAAUGCUUCUGCUGGGGCUUGGGCCCGGCUUUCCCGAGGGCUCACUCGGGUUUCGGGCGCAGACGUGUUGGCAGGUCCGUUGCGAGUGCAGCCGAUGGGAAUCGGGGCCAAGCUUGCGAGCCGGGGGCAGCUCCAGAGCUGCUCGGGUGCAGAGGGGAGGCAGCUAAAACCACACUCGCCACACAGGAAGGCUAUAGACCACAUUAGUUAUCUGCAAAAAAAAAAAAAAAAUCCUCUGCCCCUCUUUUUUUUUUCUUUGCCAAAUUUCUUCUUGGAGGAUAUCUUGCAGCCGUAUUAAGCUUCUAAAUACAGAGGUUUAUAAUGAAAAUACAGACUUUUAAUUGCAGAGACACUAAUGGGUGCCGCUAAUCUAAGCUGAGCUACUUACAGGGGGUAUUAAGAGAUAAAGAUGCAACUGCCUGAUGCCUUCACAAGAGAAUAUAGCAUCUGUGUGGCCUGAUUUGGGGCCAGAGAGAUGGCAAAGAGCAUUUUCUCCCUCUGCUUUUCCCCCCCUUGCUACCGUAGGUGCCACCUGUGUCUGGGCAGAGCCGGGACACGGGAAUGCCGCUGGGAAAUGCCUUUAAAGCAGUGGGUAAAAUGGGAGGGGGCACACGGCAAAUGUAACCCCGGCCAUCGAAGCAUCUCUUUGGCAGCACUGUGUCUGGUCCAGCCUGUGCAGAUUUUUUGCACGGCCUUUUCCUAUACUGACACACACAAAAAGAAAAGUCCCGGAUGACCGAACCGGUGUUGCUGUGCCUUCUUUGCUGUUCCGAAUAACGCUUUGGUGGGUCAUCAGGACUGUCUGUCUCUGUAAACCUGCUAAUAAGUUAUAUAUUUGAAGGACAUUUGAGGCUUCGGUUUCACUGUGUUCACCCGCCUUUGGCAAAGUGCUGAAACCAUUUUGCAUACCUCUGCUAUUAUUAGUCUAAGCGACGUCGCCAAAGCUUGCCGUCCGAGAGGUUCUGUUACGGAAGGACCUACCAAAAUAAAGGAAGACAAUCAUUCGGGA